CCUCCUCUGUCACAGUCUCGUCCUCUCCCCCUCCUUCUGCUGCUUCCUGUUGCUGCGGCCCGGGCCUGGGUUGUGGGCGCCGAGGCGCCGGAGGCUUCCCGGUGCGCUCCGCAGGAUGGCAGUGGCAAUGUGUCUGCAGGUGCUGUGCAGUCUCUGUGGCUGGCUCUCGAUCUAUGCAUCUUUCUGUCACCUGAAUAAGCACCGAAGCUAUGAGUGGAGCUGCCGACUGGUGACGUUCACCCAUGGAGUCCUCUCUAUAGUCCUUUCAGCUUAUAUUGGCUUCAUCGAUGGUCCUUGGCCUUUUACCCACCCAGGCUCACCCAACACACCUCUCCAAGUUCACGUUCUCUGUCUCACCUUGGGCUACUUCAUUUUCGACUUGGGCUGGUGUAUCUACUUCCAGUCUGAGGGUGCCCUGAUGCUGGCUCACCAUACACUGAGUAUCUUGGGCAUUAUCAUGGCCCUGGUGCUUGGGGAGUCAGGCACAGAAGUCAAUGCAGUCCUUUUUGGAAGUGAGAUCACCAACCCCUUGCUCCAGAUACGCUGGUUUCUCCGUGAAACAGGACACUAUCACAGUUUCACUGGAGAUGUGGUGGAUUUCCUUUUUGUGGCUCUGUUCACUGGAGUGAGGAUUGGUGUAGGAGCUCGCCUGCUUUUCUGUGAAAUGGUCUCCCCCACACCCAAGUGGUUUGUGAAAGUCGGGGGAGUAGCGAUGUAUGCUGUGUCUUGGUGUUUUAUGUUUAGCAUCUGGCGUUUUGCAUGGAAGAAAAGCAUCAAGAAGUACCAUGCCUGGAGAAGGAGGCGGAGUGAGGAACGGCAGCUAAAACAUAAUGGACAUCUCAAAACACACUAGCCAAGGCUUGCUUCCGAUAUUGGAUCGGACUGAGUCAGCCAUGGGAACUAGGUCGGAAAUCUGACUGUCGUGGAAUCAUGCUCAUAACAAAUUUCGGUUUCAAAAAAGGGCUAAAUUUAUUGAUCACUUUGGUCAGUCUUCAAGCCUAGCAUAUACAGUAUUAAAACAGUAACUUCUACAAUGGCACAGUUGUGGAAAGUGAGAAUCCUCAGUGAUUGCUGGGAAGAUGUCAGGAUCAUGAGGUAAGAACUACUGGCGUUUUCAAAACACAGUGACCUUGGGUCCUCUUAUCCUUGGGAAGCAUGAUAUUCAGAUAGCCUUGAAAGAAACUGGAAGAAGUUUAGUACUGUUUCUUGUUCCUUUGGGAAUUUCUUCAGCAUAUACUUGUUCCUGCUUUUCAUGUAGCCCAUUUAUUUAAGUUCAUUCCAUGUACUAUAAAGUGAGGGACAUUCAGAAAGAGAUGUACAUUUGGCAUUCUGAGCACUGAUCGGAGAAUUGGAUCUGCUUAAACAAAACGUGAUAAGAGGUGAGUGAAACUGGCAGUGGUAGGUGGUCACUUCCUGAACCUCCCUGUGCCCGCUGUGUUGGAGGUCCCCAAGACUACCCCCUGGGUUCCAUAAUUUACUAGGAGGACUUAGAGGGCUCAACAUACAGUCUCACUCACAACUUUGAUUUAUGAUAGUAAAAGGAUACAAAGUAAAAUUAUCAAAGGGAAAAGGCACCUGGGACCAAGGGAAACCAGACACAAACUUCUAGAGUCUUCUUCCAUUUGGAUCACACAGGAUGUGCUUAAUUCUUCUGGAAAUAUUUUGUGACAACAUAUGAGAAAUAUUGCCUAUCACGGAAAGUUAUUAAAGACUCAGUGCCUAAGAUUUCUACUGGCGACUGGUCAUAUAGGCAGCCUCUUGGCAUGUAGCAAGAUUCAAGAUUCCCAAAAGGAAAACAGCAUUCAGCACAAGCCCUGUUGUUCCCACACACACACAAAAAUAAGGGACAAUGAGCCAGUCUUUUAAAAUUUUAUUAUUAUGAUGAUUAUUAUUUACUUUUUGGUAUUAAGGAUGGAACCCAGGGGGUCUUUUCCACUGAGCUAUAUCUCUAGCCCUUCUAAUUUUGAGACAGAUUCUUCCUUAAAUUGCUGAGGGUCUUGCUAAGUUGCUGAGGCUGGCCUCAAGUUUGUGAUCACCCUGCCUCAAUCUCUUGAAUCAUUGGGAUAAUAGGCAUGUGUCACCAUGCCCAGCUGAGCCAGGCUUAUCAGUGAAUGGUGAGAGCCCUUCAUAAUCUAAGUUCCCAGAUGCCCAUCAAGGGCCAACCUUGUAGGCCUUUCCGAGAAGAGCAGGUCGGGUCUGUUACAUUAACUUUUUUUGCACAAAAAUCAUAAGAGCCAGAACUUUGGAUAUGAGAUGAAUGAGGUGUGGGUAGAUUUACUGAGUCCUGUUGUACGGGUUUUGCCCAACCAGGAAAACUAUGCCAGUUCUCGGGGCUUUUGUGCAUUAAUCUCCUAGGCAUGAGAGGCCAUGACUAAAUUCCAUAGGGAUUUACCAUGUGGAUUCCACUGUGCUUGAGAUGGGAGUUCAGGUUUCAGCUCUGAGUACGUGUUGCAAACUAGAACCAAAGACUUUUUAAUGUGUGGCCUCAGGGUGAUAAGGCUAAUUUCUUUUCUUUUUUGCAUUUCAGGUACGUUCCCUUUUAGUACUCUUACUACUUGUUGUCCUUUCUCUAAAACUGGUGCCAGUCUCUAAGAACAAACUAAAAUGACAAGGCCAGUCUUGGAAGGGAAUUUUUUUUUUUUUUUUAGUGUGAUAAUCUUUAAUCUCACAUAGGAGGAACAUAAAUACGAAUUUAGAACAAGGGGUUAGGAAUCAAGAAUUCCUGAGUUUACUUUAACUGAUUUUGCUAUUCCCUUGCCAGAUCAUUUAAGCAUGUCACUUGUCUACUCUUGUUCUCAAUUUAAACCCCAGGUGAAUGAAUGAAAUACUCUGUAUUUCACAGAGAUAUUAUGUGGCAUUUUGUUAAUGGAGGCCUUUAAUGUAGGGUUUUUAUGAAAAAGAUGAAGUAGUAUUUAUUUAUGUAUUUAUUGCUUAUUUAUUUUUACCAUCUUAUUUGAUCAAUGGUGAUUGGUUAAUCCGUUGGUGAGUAAGCAAAUAGUGCUACUGAAGUCAAGGUCAACAGGAAGUAUCAGUCCAUGGCCACUGGAGAUACUAACCUAAUAAGUGGUCUUGAAAAUGAAAAUCAUUGGCCUCAGAAACUGAGGACAGGGAAGCUCUAAUACUGCAUAAAGUUAUUACUGCAAAGGAAAAAGUAACUUUAAAGGCACAUUAAAACGACUGUAAUUUAGUUAAAGAGUUUUGCUGGACAUUGAAAUAAUCUGACAGCGUCUCCACCUCUUUAUGAUUAGUAUCCCUAAAAUGUUGGUGAACUUCUUUCCAGCAAAAUUGUGGGCAAAGUAGGAUGUGGGGGAAUGCUGAUUUCAGCAAAAGCCUAGCAGAAAAGAGUGGCUUGGCGCAUGAACUUAAAAUAAAAAGAAAAAGCUGGCUGUUGAAUUUUGGCACUCUGCAACCUGUUCCAUACCAGACAAAUGAAUAGGCUUAAUCUGGUACCAGUUCUUUUCUCCCUUACCCAUCAGACGUAAAGGGAUUGCAGAUCUUGCUGUUGGGGUACUCUCAUGGGAAUGUGUUUGUUUUUGUUUCAUAAUGAGAAAUCUGAAUAAAUGCUGGGUGGGGGGGAUCCCUCAUUUCAGCUCUUUUGGUUUUGUGCUAAUAACUGAAGAAAUUUCUCUGGGAGAAAAGUGUGAAAUGAAGAUGACUCAGCAGUUAAGGUGUUGAGUUUUUGCACUACAAGUAGAUAAAGGGCUAAUUAACCUGUGGUCUGGCCUGACAAAAUGAAGUACUCAUUUGCAUUUGGAUUACUAUGUAAUAAUAACUAACACUGCUCAAGAAGGAUUUAUAUUUCGAUAAGAUUUGUACUAAAUUUUAUAAAAAAUAAAAUAACAUUUUAUAAAUUCAGA